UAUAAAAACCUUAGUAGCUCCAAGGUCUCUCACAUCGGCAUCAUCUCCUUCCCUCACUCACCUACCUCCCCUGGUGCUUCUGGGUUCCCUUUCUCCUUAAACAAGAUGUCUCACCAGAAAAAGCAGCCCACUCCCUGUCCUCCCGUGGGUUGUGGAAAGACCUCUGGUGGAGGAGGAGGAGGAGGAGGCGGCGGCGGCGGUGGCGCGGGUGGGGGCGGUGGCUCCAGCUGCGGAGGUGGCUCCUCUGGCGGAGGCUCCAGCUGCGGAGGUGGAGGCGGUGGCUCCUACGGAGGCGGUUCCAGCUGCGGAGGCGGCGGCUCCGGUGGGGGCGUCAAGUACUCCGGUGGCGGCAGCGGAGGCUCCAGCUGCGGCGGCGGCUACUCCGGGGGCGGCGGUGGCUCCAGCUGCGGAGGCGGCUACUCCGGGGGUGGCAGCAGCGGCUCCAGCUGCGGCGGCGGCUACUCCGGCGGGGGCGGCGGCGGCGGCUCCAGCUGCGGAGGCGGAAGCAGUGGCUCCUACGGAGGCGGUUCCAGCUGCGGAGGCGGCGGCGGCUCCGGUGGGGGAGUCAAGUACUCCGGUGGCGGCGGCGGAGGCGGCUCCAGCUGCGGUGGCGGCUACUCCGGCGGGGGCGGCGGCUCCAGUUGCGGAGGCGGAUCCGGAGGCGGUGGCUCCUACUGCGGAGGAGGCUCAUCCGGAGGCAGCAGCUCCGGUAGCUGUGGCGGCGGUUCCGGAGGGGGCAAGUACUCCGGCGGCGGCGGCGGCGGCGGCGGCGGCUCCAGCUGUGGCGGCGGCUACUCCGGCGGCGGCGGCUCCAGCUGCGGCGGCGGCGGCUACUCCGGCGGCGGCGGCUCCAGCUGCGGCGGCGGCGGCGGCGGCUACUCCGGUGGUGGUGGCAGCAGCUGCGGAGGUGGCUCCUCCGGUGGCGGCGGCGGCGGCUCCUCGGGGUCGGCGCAACAGUACCAGUGCCAGAGUUACGGAGGCGGUUCUAGCGGCGGCGGUUACUCCGGGGGCGGGGGCUCCAGCUGCGGAGGUGGCUCCUCCGGCGGCGGCGGCUCCAGCUGCGGCGGCGGCUACUCCGGGGGCGGAGGCUCCAGCUGCGGAGGUGGCUCCUCUGGUGGCGGCUCCAGCUGCGGCGGCGGCAGCUAUUCCGGUGGCGGCGGCGGCGGCAGCUGCGGUGGGGGCUCCUCUGGUGGCGGCGGGGGCUACUACUCGUCACAGCAGACCUCCCAGAGCUCCUGCGCCCCGCAGCAGAGCUACGGAGGGGGCUCUUCAGGCGGAGGUAGUAGUUGCGGAGGUGGCUCCUCCGGCGGCGGCUGCUACUCCAGCGGCGGCAGCAGCGGAGGCGGCGGUGGCUGCGGUGGAGGCUACUCCGGGGGCGGCGGUGGCUGUGGCGGCGGUUCUUCCGGGGGCGGCGGCUGCGGAGGCGGGCUAUCCGGAGGCGGAGGCGGCUCUAGCUGCGGCGGCGGCUCCUCCGGGGGCAGCUCCUCUGGGGGCGGCUCUGGAGGUGGCAAGGGUGUCCCUGUCUGCCACCAGACCCAGCAGAAGCAGGCACCUUCCUGGCCGUGCAAAUAAGAUCCCCGGGUUGCCACGGAGACAAAGGUGUUGGAGGUGUUCUCCGUGGGCGCCCAUGGGCUUCGCUUUCUCAUGAGAUUGCCGGAGGUUUCCAAACCCUUCGCACUUUAAAACCCGCCCCCUAGGAGAAGCCAUUGCGUCACUCAAGAUGCAUCUUGUUCUGCAGAUUUUUUGACUUGGUUUCUGAAUGACUACCUCCCCAAGUCCAUUGCCUCCUCAGUCAAUAAAAUUGCAAUUCAUGAGAA